AUGGCCACUCGAUCGGAACCCUUCAGUGGUAGCCUGUUGCAACCGAAAGUGAUCAUUCAUCGUGUUGUAGCGCACGAAGAUCCGCCAUUCCGUCCCAACAUACCGUCCAUGGAAAUGAAGCCAGAAUACAUAGAACUGAUGGUGGAUUGCUGGGAUGACGACCCUGAAGAAAGACCGCAUUUUUACCGCAUUGUGGAGCGACUAAAGAAAAUAAGUGGCAGAGGGUCAAACAUCAUAGAGAACAUGGUUACCAUGAUGGAAAAACACGCCAAUCAUUUGGAACAGCUGGUAGAGGAACGAACCAGGCAGCUUAAUGAAGAGAAAGAAAAGACCGAGAAAAUUCUCUACCGGUUACUCCCCCCCACUCGCCGAAUCAAAUCUUUCUUUCAANUUGUUGAGAUAAACAGAUCUGCUGACAAUGACAACGCCAUUUCCUUUGUCCGGUUUGGUGAUGAUGAUGCUGUGAUCAUUGCGUAA